UGAUCUCUCUGGAUGGAGGAGCUCAACCUCACAGUGGUGACCGAAUUCAUUCUGCUGGGAAUCACAGAUCGUCCUGAGCUGCAGGCUCCACUCUUUGCGCUGUUCCUCAUCAUCUACCUGACCUCACUGGUGGGCAACUUGGGAAUGGUCAUCCUCACCCAGGUGGACUCCAGGCUGCAAACACCCAUGUACUUUUUUCUCAGGUGCCUGGCGAUUGCAGACCUUGGAUAUUCCACAGCAGUGGGGCCAAAAAUGUUGCAAAAUUUCAUUGUAGAUCAAAAUACAAUCCCGUAUUAUUGUUGUGCUAUGCAGUUAGCUUUUUUCCUUUUGUUCAUUUCUUGUGAACUUUUUAUUUUGGCUGCUAUGUCCUAUGACCGUUACGUGGCAAUCUGUCGACCUCUCCUCUACAAUAUCAUCAUGUCACAAAAAGUAUGUUGGGUUCUAAUGGCAACAUCCUACCUCUACUGCACAUUUGAGUCUCUUCUGGUUACGGUAAAAGUUUUCACUUUGUCUUUCUGUAGAUCCAAUGUCAUUGGUCAUUUCUACUGUGACAAUCUCCCCUUGUUAUCUUUGGCCUGCUCAGAUACACAUGAAGCUGAGGUGAUAAUUUUAUUCUUAUCAGCUUUGAAUUUGAUUUCCUCCCUUCUGAUUAUCUUUUCAUCCUACCUGCUCAUCCUCAUAGCCAUUCUCAGGAUGAACUCUGCAGAGGGCAGGCGCAAGGCCUUCUCCACCUGUGGGUCCCACCUGACUGUGGUCACAGUGUUCUACGGGACUUUGAUAUUUAUGUAUGUGCAGCCCAAAUCCAGUCACUCCUUUGACACUGACAAAGUGGCUUCCAUAUUUUAUACCCUGGUAAUCCCCAUGUUGAACCCAUUGAUCUAUAGCUUGAGAAAUAAAGAUGUAAAAUAUGCCCUUAGGAAAUCACUAGUUAAUGGAUUACAUAUUGUCAUCUUAGAAAUAGUUGUUCAAGUCACAAAAUUAAAGCUUGUAAAGUGGACAUUCCAUCAAUGA